AUGGCGGGCAGCACGCGCGCGGCGCACAAGGCGUUCCUGCUGUGCAACUACACGCUGCUGGGGGCGGCGUCGGCGUGCAUCUUCCUCACGCUCUCGCUCCGCCUCGCGCCCUCCGCGUGCGGCCUGCUCCUCGUCUUCCUGCACGCGCUCACCGCCGUCUUCGCCGCCGCGGGCUGCUCGGGCUCCUUCACCGAGGGCGGCGCCGGGGCCGGCCGCGCGCACGCCGCGCACACCGCGGGGGCCGUCCUCACCGCCAUCUUCCAGGGCGCCGCCGCGCUACUCGCCUUCACACGGACCACCGACUUCCUCGCCGAGCUGCGGUCCUACGUCCGGGAGGAGGACGGCGAGGUCAUUCUCAAGCUCAUCGGCGGGCUCGGUACCGCCAUCUUCGUGCUCGAGUGGGCUGCGCUGGCGCUCGCGUUCGCGCUCCGGCUUGACGACGAUGGCAGCGAGGAGAUCGACGGCGAGCACUGCAAGAGCUGGGCGUCAGGGUACCAUGUCUGA